GUGGCAGUUCUGCCAAUGGGAGAGCCGGACAGCGCCAGUUCGAACGGGGGGCGGGGACGGGCUGUUGAGCGCCGGAUUCAAAGCGGACGGUUGACGCGCGGCGUAGGGAUUAUUCAGUGCGGCUCGGACCGGGCCGUCGCCAUCAUGGAGCCGCUCUCCCUGCGCCCGUUGGAGUCGCUCAAGUAUUGUGAGCUGCAACAGGUGGCCAAGGUCGCUGGACUCCGCGCUAAUCUCAAGGCAGAUAAAUUAUUAAAAGCUCUGAAGCAACACUUCCAUGAGCCAAACGAAGAAGAUGGAAGUAAGGACUCUGAAAGAAGUGCAUCAUCCUCCACGGACACAGAGUUCAAUAGUCAGGAGGAAGUGUCCUUUGUUACAGAAAGGCGCGGGAAACAGAGGAAGACAGCCACUAGAAAGAAAGUCUCCAAAGAAAAUACUAAUACCAAUACAGAAAAUACAGAAUUUUCUGUUGAGGAAGAGAAUGUUUCAGACAUGAAAGAAAAUGAAACACCCCCAGGUGAAGCUGACAUGGGACUGAAAGUACUCCAGAAUGAAGAGUCCGAUGAUGCUCUUCCAUCCCAUCUUGCAGGUGGGCAGAUCCCUCUACAUGUUGGCUGUCUGUCUAAGUCUGGGAAAAAAGGGCUGAAAUCAGUCACACCAAAUUUCAAGAAGCUGCAUGAGGCUCAUUUCAAAAAAAUGGAGUCUAUUGAUGACUAUAUUGAGAGGAAAAAUAAACUUCUUGAAAACUUGGGCAGUUCCAUCAAUGAGGUCAAGGUACUGGCUAAAAAAUUUAACCAUCAAAAGGCAUUUGAAAAAGGAACCCCACACUGCAGUACCAAGAGAGGUUCGAGUGGCAGAAAAUUAUUUAGCCCACAUCCCCAAAAGGGCAGGUUCUCUACUACCUGUACUCCUGGUAACCUGCGGCAUUCACCAAGUCGAAGAAUUUUAUCAAGGAAAUCUUCAUGCAACCCUUCUGUCCUCUCAACAAAGAAAAUGAACGUCAGAUUCUCAGGAAGUACAAAGGACAAUGAACACAAGCGCUCCCUUGCCAAGACUCCAUCUAGAAAGUGUCCAGACUUGGAGAUCUGCACACCUGAUAGCAAGAAGAAGAGCAAGCCUAUAAUUAGUAAUGGAGGUAUAACAAAUAUUGAGCUGGCUGAGUCAAAGACCAAGGCUGCUGCUAUUACACCAUUUAAAUUUGCAGCUCAGACUUUAGAACCCACAAGUGGCAAGAAGCCAACAUUUGAUCUCCAAGCAAGUCUCUCAAGGCCACUUGGAUAUCAGCCUCAUAAAGGAAGACUGAAACCUUGGGGGGAAACAAAAGAAACCAGUAUCCUGAAUAAAUCGGUGAAAAACAGUCUCUCUUCACUUAAGAAAAAUUACAAACAACCACCUCUCCAGACCAGAGAAGAGAGGCGUGAAAAGCAUGAGCAGGAGAGAAAAGAGAAAAAGACCCAGAUGCUUCGAACCCGCAGAGGGUUGACCCUGGCUUAAGAAUUUAAAAAUGUCUCAAUAACUUGUGGUAAAUAGUCUUCUCUGAGGAACACAACCAGUUCUUCCCUAAUUUUGUAAAUAUUUUUCUAUAUGUAUUUUCUAUGAAUGAGUAAGAUCAGCUGACUUGACUUAACCAGUUGUUUGUAGGGUAGGGUUGUUUCAGUGGUGCUGGGCUUAACAUCAUCUGUUAGUUCUUAAAUUAACAAGUAUGAUAUUAGCAUCUUAAGUUCUUUUAAUGUCUGUAGCAGAGCCCCUAGUAUUGCUAAUGUUAAGUUGAUUGAAUUAGGUCUUGAACUGGAUGGAUAUUGUGCAUGUUAAAUUUGUGGAACAAGACUUCCCCUUACUCAACAGAUUCCAUGAAUCUGACUGAAAAUUAAGGGGGGAAAAAUACAAGUGAUAAAUAAAUACUCAGGUAACCACUUCACGUGUUGAGUCGAACUUUUCUAUUUGGAAUAAUUCUUAAGAUUGUAAAUAAAUUCAAAAUAUAUAUCAUUGUCAAACCUCAGAUGCUGUUAGAAGCUUCCUCUGGCUUUCCAGAAGAAAUUGUUAAAACAGUAAAGGACAAUCUCUAAUAGAGGGAGGAAAAAGUGUACCUGAGCAGAUUUAAAAUGCUGAUAUUGCUGCCACAGGUGGUAUAGUUGUGUGGUUUGGUUGUUUGGGGGUUGUUGUUUUUUUUGGGGGGGGGGGGGAGAUCUUGUUUGUUUUUAAAGCUAUAAAGGAAAGUUGUUAAAUAUGUGGAAUGACUGGAAAGGGGCAUGGUAAUUACUGUCUCAUUAAAGCUUUUCAGAAUUGAGCCAACAUUUAUAAAAUAGUUAAGUUCUAGGUGUACAAAUAUGGUUACCUUUUGUUAUUUGCUGAAACAUUAGCCUCAGAUAUGGAAAAGUUUGUAUAAAAUUUUAUACUGUUUUAAUUUGGGAGGGAAUAAAUGCAUUUGUAUAUAA